AUGGCACCGACGAAGCUCAAGAUCAAAGGCAACAAGGCGUUUUCGCUUUUAUCGACCAUCGACACUGAUGAAGAUUUGUCAAAGACCUGGCGCCUGAUGACAAAGGUCAAGGAUGCCUUGGAAUAUGGUGCGCGUUUGGAAAAUUUGUCAUGGCGUCUUUGGUUUAUGCAUCAUGUCAUGGUUCAUGACCAAAAGACUCAGACUCAAUUUAAAAAGGCGGCCAAUGCUACUACCAAGAAGCUUGAAACUGAGAAGGCUACCACGCUAAAAGAUUUGACUGUUCCCAUUUAUCGAUCCAAAAAUGAUAUUAUGAAUGAGAAAAAAGCAAAGAGGAAGGGCUCCAAAAAGCCCGUUGCGAUCCCCAUCUCGCAAGUAAAGAGGGGAAUCUCAAAGAAGAAUCAAUAUUAUGCGGAAUUGACCCAGAAUGAGAGUAAUAGCAGUGAAAAUCCGGAUAUGUCGUUAGUCUCCCCAACUUCUAUUAAUGAUCAAACGACGGCUGAUUCCAACAUGGAUCAGGUUGACGAUAGCAUGGUCAUGACCGUCGAACACGAUGAUACGAACGAUCUUGCCUCCGUUACCGAACGCGGCAUCAUGGGUCAUUCCAUCGAAGAUAUUCUGACCCAGAACUACGUCUUGCACCAGUUCACGAAUGAUCAAGAGUACCAAGUCAUCACCUUACCCUUCAUGCGCAUCGGCGCUCAAGCGUUGCUAAAUCCCAAUCAACCUCCUACAAUGCAAUUAGAUUUGGAUCAGUAUUUAAGUGGAGGCGCUUAUAAUUUCGCGGCAUCUUCACCAGAAUCAUCUGAACCGAAUUCUCCAAAUGAGAUGGACUGGUACGAAAACGGCCUUCUGUCAGAUACUACCAACGCCUCAAAUUUGCAAUAUCAAUUGUCCGCCAUUUCAUCGGCCAGAAAUGCCACAGGAAUGCAUGGUGCUGUCUAUGUUCCUAGAACAGCUGAAAAUUCACCCGUUAAUCCAACACCACUUAACACUAAUUUAACAUUAUCAAUAAAUAAUACCCCACUUAACACUCCAGUUAGUGGAUUGCCGAGUAACAGCGUAUUAAGUAAUGUCACGAGUUCCUCAAAUAUUUUAUAUAUGAACCAAUAUUCUUCGGCAGACCAAACAAACACUGGUAAUUCAGCAUCCAUCGGACAGAGCUCAUCAAAACCUAAUGUUCCCCAGUCCUCCCCGCCCGCAUCUUCGUCAAUGGAAUCCUCUUCGGUCACCGUCCGACAAUCCCCGCCUUCGACAUCCGAAAACAGGCCCAAGAAGGCUCAUUCAAGCGGCGAACAACAAUGUUUCAAUUGUGGCAUCACCUCCACACCUCUUUGGAGACGUUCGGCCAACGAUGAGCUCUUGUGCAACGCAUGCGGUUUAUACCUAAAGUUACACAAAAUGCCGCGUCCAAAGACCAUGAAACCGCAUAUCGUGCGCAAGGAUGCACGAGACGAUGAAGCUACUCAACCUGUUUGCUCAAAUUGCAAAACAGUUAAUACUCCCUUGUGGAGACGUGAUGAAGAAGGACAAACGCUUUGUAAUGCUUGCGGCCUUUAUUUCAAAUUGCACCACGAGAGACGUCCGUUGUCAAUGAAAACGGAUGUGAUAAAAAAGCGUCAACGCUAUGAAAACGGUCAAACGCCUAGUCGUCGAGUGGGUAAGAAACAACGGGCGAAUGAACAGGAUCAGCAUGAAAAUCAACAAAACCCCUCACAAAUUUCUGUAUACACCGGUUCUAUGGGUGUCAACUCAUCUUCGAACGGUUCGAUUACAAUGCAACAGAAUUCACCCACGUCAAUGGGCAUCACUCCUUCGCUUAAUGGUUCCAUCGCAGUUGGUCAAACGUCCGCUACGUCCAUUGCGGUUCGUCAGGCUCAAACUGCUUCAAUGAGCGGAGGAUACUAA